AAGGCUCUCCCAGCUGCCGUCUGGCAACCCGACCGCUGAAGAGGAUCCCAUUCGUUCUCAAUAGUUGCAUGAACCUGUCGAACGGUAUCUGUGGACAACAAGUCCGGAAGCUUGAACUCUGGCCACAUGGGGAACUCAGGCAUUGUGUUAUUAUCUGGUGCGAGUGGCUCCCAGGAAGUGAUAUCCGACGGUGGCACCCUGGCUCCUAAUAAGGGAAGUCCAAUGCGGUCCGGUGGUUUUAUAACAAGUACUCAUUUGUUUGGUUUUGGUUGUGCACACGACAAAGGCGUCAUUUCGUGGUUCGUGUUUGCUUGCGUUGCACAAAGGCAAAGGAAGGCAAUUGGCGUUAGGUCCCUAAUUGAGUGGCUCUCUGUUUGCAGUUGUAUCGAAGUGAUUCAUCUUCUAUCCUUCACGAAAAGACUGACUUGUAUCCGUGAUGCCACCACGGAGUCUUGAGACAAUACGGAUAACUUUUGGACGUGACAUUGUAUUAUUAGUUGAGAACGUGAUGCUAGCAUCCUAGGGGUGGAGGAAAGUCCCUCCUCUCAAGGUGACGCUAACCCCAAGUCAAUGAAGCACUGUUGCACGUUUUAUCUGCCGUGGUGGUUUCUUUUGUUGGUUGGUGCAUGAGAACAGUGAUGGGCCCAGACAUACACAACUGGCAUGGGCGCAGACAUAUACAACUGGCAUGGGCCCAGACAUGCACAACUGGCAUCUUCAGACAGAGCCCAUAUUUGACAAGGAUUCAGCUUAACCACGUGCGAUCAUAAACCAAUAUUUUCCUGAAGAAGGAUCAUGUCCUGAUCCUUUUCACCUAAUUCUCUUCAUCAAACAAUUCGGGUUUUUAAAAUUUGAUCAAACGAUUAAAGUUAUUAUAACUUUUACAGUGGGUCUGUGUUUUUAGCCGUUAGAUUAAAUUUUAAAGAUCCAGAUUGUUUGAUGAGAAGGAUUAGGUGGAAAGGAUCUGGAGAGGAUCCCUUCCCUAUUUUCCUAGGUGAAAAGUUAUGCCCGUUUCUUAAGAUGAGUUGACUUUUCUA